AGUUGGUUAAAACGUUAGGAAAACGCGUUAUUUUAUUAAAUCGUGAUUUGGAAAACGAAUUAUCUUAUUGGAAAUGUUUUAUUACUCUUCCGAGCUCGGGAGGGGUAUUUAGUGUCUGGGAAAAUAAAAUGCAGAUACAGGCAAAAUUUCGUAUGCCCCCUUUGUAGACAGCGCAUGCGCCACACAUUGCAAUCAGCUGUCAGAAAGAACAUAAUCACGUAAAAAACAAAAUUAUUUGUGUCCUAAGAUAAUUCCCGUCAAUAUGGCGGGGCAAAAUCCAGGCUCUCCUACUGAUUUUCAAUAUUUUUACGAGGAUGAAGUGUAUAAAAUCAACAAUCGCGGCCAAGUCGUAUUCGGUCUUGUACUUGAAAACUACGAAGCGAACUCCAGUGAUCAGGAGAGCGACAUUGAAACACCUAUCCAAAAAGGCGAAAUUCGUGUUGUGUGGCACCCUUCGGGAACCGAACGAGUUAUUUCUGAAAAAUCGGUCGGUCUAGCAGACCGUUCGUUGAUGCCAGGCGAUGUUGUUCGCCGCCUCAUAGCUGGAAAGGACACCCAGCGGGGAUAUUGCCGUGACAUAGUGAUGACAGCAGCAUUGCAGAUUGUAGGAACUAAACAUGUGAUACCCAGUGUUGCCAGUGAAAGACUACAACCGUUAGAAGAAUUCACACCCGAUCUAGCUGUGUGCCUUGACUCUUGGGUUGGAACAUCAAAGGCUGUGCACAGUAAACUUCGUCUCGUGUCAGCUGAUGGUUCUCGUCUUGAAUACCCAGACCUGGACAGUUGUCCAUUGGAGGACUAUUCCAUGAGGCGACGUCGAUCCACCCCUUACUCUUCGUCUGAGUUCUACCCGGGGCAGGUUGUGUAUGGGCCCUUGGGAACUCUGGAUAGUGCCAAUUGGCUCCAUGUCACCAAGGAAAUGAAAGCUGCGAGGAAACACAAAAUGCAUGACCAUAAGUUCACGGUGGAAGCUGUGGUGACUGAAAGUGUCAGCGUGCACUGGCAGUGCCGUGCGCUUUCCACUCUCGUCACUGACUCCAAUGCACCGCAGCAGCCCAAAUUCCUUGUUGAAGGUGAAGAUUUGAAGAACUUAAAACUUCUGAACGUGUUUGAACCCUGUACGCUGCAGGUUGGCGACAGAAAUUUCCUCACAAUUGGCCCCGAAGAUACAUUUGUUAGUAAAAAACAGUGGCGAAAACAUCAAAGUAAAUUCUACAGGAAUCUUCGUAAACAGAGCCGGCCAGUGAAAAAACCUUCAAAGACUGAUGCAAAUUCAACAGAACACAUCCCUUCGAGACCUAAAAAGCGUGCCUCUUCACAUCGCAAACUUAAGUCCACAGAUAAUGAAAUGGAAGUGGAUGGUGGCGAUGAGAAGCUGGAGUCGCUGGACGAAGCUCUGAAGGCGGACCUCAACUGCCCCAGCAUUAAGAUAGAGCCAAGCGCAGAUGUCACCAUGCCCGUCGGCAGCAGCCAGGAAGACACAGCCACCGAGGAGAAGAAUGACUCUGGCAUCAGUGGGCUAAGUAAAUCCCACAUUCGCAGUCCGGAGCCGAGCAAGGAGGACAGCCAGCUGUUGAAUGGGGACAGUAAAGUGGGUGACUCCUGCCUUAACGACGACGACUCUGAUAACUGGGAGAAUACCAGCAGUGAUGGCAGCGAUACUGAUAGCGGUGCAACGUGGUCAUCACGCUGCUCAUCCGCGGCGUCGCAGCGUGGUAAACGGUCUCCGCAGCUGGCGGUGCGGCUGUUGCGUGGCAAACGACUGAAGAGAACUGCUCGCCGCGCACCUCCCGCACCACCACCGCGUCUAGGUGACCGCGUUGUUGUAGAGACUCUGCACACCACCAGUCGCGCUAAUGUCGUAUGGCAGGAUGGUACAAUAGAAAUGGGCAUACCAUCAACCCAACUCUAUCCUAUUCACCAUUUGGACGGUCAGGAAUGUUUCCCGGGUGAUUUUGUUGUCAGCGGCGCGGCUAAUGUUGAAGAAAAUCAACAAUUAAAACACAGAGAGUACGGCGUGGUGCAGCGCGUGGACCAUCACGGGCGUACGGCAAUUGUGCACUGGUACCGCACCUACACCAGUGCUGACGAGCCUGUACCGCAAAUGUUGAAUGAAAGCGAGAUGAGCGUGUAUGAUCUGAAAGACCACCCGGACUUCCAAUAUCGACCCGGCACUGUAGUCAUCAGAGUCGCCAACUUUACUGGAGAAGACGCCAACUGUACUGCCGGACAGGUUAUCGACAACUUCCCAUCGGGUCGCGUGAAGGUGUGGUGGGUUGACGGUCACACCAGCAUGUGUUGGCCACAGGAUCUCUAUAAGGUCGGGGAAUACGAUUCUGAGGAGGGUGAGCUGUGGGGCUCUGAUGCAUCCGGCUCGGAGGACUCCUGGGAGACGCAGAGCUCAGCUCGCGAUGAGCCGCGCACGCCCGACGCCGCCCCACAGCCGCCGCCCCCCACUCAGCCCCCACCACACGCCCCCCACGCCCCGCAGCUGCACAUCCACGGCAGGAGGAAGAUCAGUCUACCCGUGUUGGGCAACAGUCCUAGUGAAGAGACGACCCCUGAGUUGGGUAACAGUGGUACCGCGGUGGUGCUGAGCAGCAGCGGUGUGCCACGUCUGCUGGAGCCGCGUGUGGCGGCACACAUUGAGCGCGGCCGUGUUGCCAUGCGCCGUCUUGAGGAGAUGUUUGCCAAACAUCCCACCUUGCAGAGCCAGGAGAUAAUGAGAAAACUGUUGAAUCUCUACAAAGACUGCCGCUUCCUCGAUCGUCUGAUGGGCACUUCGUUCUUCCAUGAAGAUCAUUUUUUGGGUCUACUAGAGCGUGUACGUGAACGUGGUGCUAGUACUCCACGAGCUGGCGAACGUCGCGUGCACGAGCAGCUCGCACGUCUGUUCACGCCGAGCGAGACCAGCGAGACCGCCGAGACCGUGGAGACCAAGGAGACCGACGAGCAGGACUCCGCACUCGACGCUAUGAUCGUCGACGAUGACAAGACCAAAGACCAGAAGCAUACUAUUAUAUCUGCUAAUGUUACCCUCGAAGCAAUGGACGUUGAAAGCAAUUCUCUGAAAAAGCCAUUGCAUUUAAACAUUGAGGCGAUACAGUCAGGCUCCAGUGCUGUGGCCUCUGAAAAUACAUCCGCAGAUAAUGUGGUUGGUGAGGCGGGGGUUGUGUCGGGGGCGGGGGCGGGGGCGGAGUGUGAGGCAGAAGGUGGGCCGCGCAAUGUGUGCUACAAGUUGUGCUCUCUCAUACACACACAGCUCGUAAAGGCGCACGCCGAGGUCAGCCGGAGAAGGCCGCAAGAAUUGGCCGAAUUCCUUAACAACUUAAUGAAAAAUUCAAACGCGAGCGAAGAGAAGUUACCCUACCACUUUUCAGUUCAAUAUGGUGCGCUGGUGGUGAGCAUGGCUGACCAGGAGGAGAAGGGCCAGGCCAAGGCUGUGCCAGCUGACGCUAAAGACAACACAACCGCCACUGCUGCUUCACCCGAUACCAAAAAUAUGCUGGCAGCGGAGGCGGCGCCCCUGGCAACCGCGGAGGUGGAGGCGGAGGUGGCAUGCGGGGUGGUGGAGGCGGAGGUGGAUGCGGAGGGUGGUGAAGGUUUCUGCGUGCUGGAGAGUGCGCCCGCCGCGCACCGCUUCCGUCUGUCCAUGCUGCAGCCAUCAGAGCCGCGCUCCUUCUACUCCGCAGUCAAGCGGGAGAUCAAACUGCUCAAGAGUGACCUGCCGCCUGGAGUGUGGGUGCGCGGGUUCGAGGACCGCAUCGACCUGCUGUCUGUGAUGAUAGCGGGUCCGAGCCGCACGCCGUACGAGGGCGGGCUGUUCGUGUUCGACGUGCAGCUCGGCGGAGAGUACCCGCGCGCGCCGCCGCUCUGCCACUACCACUCCUACUGCAGCGACCGCCUCAACCCCAACCUCUACGAGGAUGGCAAGGUAUGUGUGUCGCUGCUGGGCACGUGGUCUGGUCGCGGAGUGGAGGUGUGGGGCAAGGACAGCUCGCUGCUGCAGGUCAUCGUCUCGCUGCAGGGCCUCAUCCUCAACGCGGAGCCCUACUUCAACGAGGCCGGCUACGAGAAGCAAAAAGGAACUCAGCAGGGCAAAGAAAAUUCUCGGAUGUACAACGAGAUGGUGCUCCUGAAGCUGGUGCAGUCGAUGACGCGCAUGGUGGUGAGCCCGCCGGAGCCGUUCCGCGAGGAGGUGCUGCGGCACAUGCGCGGCGCCGCCAGCGCCCUCUGCCAGCGCCUCGAGUCGCUGGUGCUGCUGUCCAGCGGUGCCAGCACCGAGCUGCCGCCGCCAGAGUACCCGCUGCUGCCCGCCUCGCGCGGCUUCUGCCUCACGCUGCGCUCCUCGCUGGACGCCUUCCGCGCCGCGCUGCGCCGCAACGACAUCGACGUCCCUCCCUCCGUCUUAUAGCCGCUAUAGCCGCUCGCCCAUUAGGUAUACCUCUUUUCAAAUAUCUUGGCAGCUCGAGGUCAUCUGCUCACUUCGCAAUGUUCCGAGCCGCCAAGAUAUUUGACAACGUCAAUACGUCACCUCACGUCACGUCACGCACACAAACAUAUACAGCAUCGUAAAGCGCUCCACGGAUUUUUUUGUUCUCAUCGAACUAUUGGGUUUAUGCGAGAUUAAUCUUUAAGGUGCUACACAUAAAGUACUUUUUUCAAUAGCAUUAGAGAUAUUGUUACUGUAAGACAUUUGCAUGAGAAAUAGAAUAAUUACACCCUUUAGUGACGGAAUUUAGAAUAUUGGUUUUUAAUAUCGUGGAGCUGCUUCUUUAUAAGACGUUUACGAAUGAUGGAAUAAAAAACAACUUUCAAAUAAACCUAUAGUCAUACAUUCACUCACUCAAUAAUACACUCCUUAUAUUACGUAUAAAGUAAUAAA